AUGGCUACUAUUUCACGUCAGCCGUUCGCUCCUCUUGACGGAGCCCGUCUACAAAAUUUGACAAGCUUGAAGAAUAGACAGAAUGCAAUCACUCCCUCCAGCACAAAGACCAAGCGCAAAGCUGAGCUGCUUGACACGGAUGAUUCCGAGAAUGUCGACCCUCUUGCUUUUGCCAAGCGCUCAAAAGGCCUCUCGGGAACGCCAACCAAGGACGUCCUCAAAAAGUCUUCAUCCUUUGUCCUCACUAGAGCUAUUACCACACCCAGUGCAAAUGUUCGAGCUCUAGUCAGCCCCGUGAAGGCUUCCACUGCACCUCGACGAACCCUUCAGCCCAAGUCUCCUGUUGCCAAGCUCAACACCAACGUCACCAAGUCUUCGCCCAUUUCUGCCCCUGCUGGCCGCUCACCAACUCGCGGAAAGAGAUCUGGUAUCCUUUCUAACCGACGACGGACUGCCGGACCUUAUACUCGCGUGGACCCUCCAUCAUUCCCUCUCGACUCUGCUGCUCCCUUUUCACUCGAUGCCGCCCUGAAGGGCACAAUUCCCAGCUACGGCUCUCGUCCUCGCUCUAAUGCAUUGUCCAAGGGCAGUGCUGUCGCACCCCUCGGCGAGCCCGACAUGAAGGCCAGCUGGUUCUUUGACAUCCACGAGGACACUCCCGAGCAGGAGAUGACCAACCUUCUUCAACACGGCACAUGUGUUUUGGACAUUUCAUCCGAUGAGGAGAGCGAGCAAAAAGCACGCCGCGAAAGUGCCGAAGGCCGUGAUAAGGAGAACAUUCCCCCAGUUGAUGAUGUGUCUCAGACUUCAGCACGACGCUCUGCGCGAGCUCUUGCAGCGGAUGACAUGAUUGUUGAAAAGGAGCGUACUGCGCUUGGUGAAAUGAAUACUGCGGAUUUCUAUGCCGAUGGCUGCGACGAGACGUCCGUCAUCAUUGUGCCCGCGGAUGACGACGAACAAGAGCAAAAACCCACCAAUGCACCUGCUGGGGAAGAACAUGAGUUUGCGCCUACGUUGAAAACCCUCGAUCCUAUCAAGGGUAUUGACGAGCUAAUCGCCAAGUCGGGAUCGCCGUCAAAAGCCGCCGUUUUGCAGCCCAUCGAGGGCACGGGUGAGAGUUUCGAUCUCUGGGAGAGCGGGAGUGCCAAGGAUGACACGGAAGUGGCAUCAUGA